AUGACUGACCACGGCCGCUAUGCUCUCGCGCCCAUCGCGGAGCCUCUCGCAAUCCACGCGGAAUACAUCAAGCCCGAAACCUCAGUAAUUCAAAUGAAAGAGAAAAUCAUGUCUUUGUCUGGCGAUAGCUUCGAAGUGACACUCGCCCGCGGACACCCGUUGCUCAAGGUCGAGGGUAAGUGGGUGACGAUUUCCGGCCGCAAGAAGGUCUCGGACGCUGUGACGGGAACGCAUCUUUUCGAUAUUGUCAAGGAGCAUUUGCAUUUGCAUACCACUUAUGCGUUGGAGGAUCCAAAGGGAAAGAAGAUUGCGGAGGUGAAGAGCGCGUUGAAACUGAUGGGCUCCAAAGCAACCGCUACCUUCACAGACGUACGCGGCAGAAAUGUGACGUUGAAGAUGAAGGGAGGUUGGUUCGAUCACUCUGCUGAUAUUGUUGAAGAGCGAAGCGGCCAGCCUGUCGCGAGAAUCGAUCGCAAAAUGAUCAAUUCACGGGAUUUGAUCUUUGGUCAACAGACGUACAACGUUGUGGUAGCGCCCGGUGUUGAUGUAGCGUUGAUCGCGGCACUGUGUAUAUGCUUUGACGAGAAGAAUAACGAGACCCAAGUGGGAUGA